AACACCAACCACUUUAAAUAAUGUGUUUGGAGAUAAGCAAGUCCCGAUUCUGAGUUCAACAUUGAAAGUAUGAAGUUCUUAAAAUUACUUAUCUUUCUGUCUGCUCGAUUUGUAAACAGUGCUACAACACAAAGGUAUAGGCAAGUCACCAAGUCGUAUAUCUCCAUCAUCAAUUGUACAGAAACGCAUGUAUCCAGUUUACUUCACUGUACAGCACUGAGCCGAGAAUCAAAGGACGUUACGUUUUUCUAUGACAAUCAGAAGAAGCAGUGUCGGAGGAAUUGUCGAUUUCAAUACAACAUGGACGCCGUGAUUCCAGGGUGGCAGUGUUACGAGAUGGAAUGGAAAACUAACGCAGCCUUAAACAAACGCCCUCUAGUGUCAUCAGUGUAUUCCAACAACACUUCAAAAUGGAGUCCAGACUUUGCAACAGAUGGAGUGAUCAGUAUACAGGCUGUACAAAUAUUUCACUCCCAGUUGGAACCUACCCCCUGGAUUAUGGUUGAUUUGGUGAACAUGUCAAAGAUAUCGUUUGUUCGUGUGUUCGUGAGAAUAGAUACAUUAGGUGAGAGAUUUCAUGACGUCAUAUACGAAAUAUCAAACAACACUAGCACAUACGAGCAGUUUGGAUUCUUUAGAGGACCCGCCGUCAAUGGACAAGUGGUAGAAAUAUGUUGCGGUUCUCCGGAUGUUGGUCAAUACGUCAGACUCAGAGUGACCCAGGGAUCUAAUAAUUCCCUCAAUAUUGCCGAACUCGAAAUAUUCUCUGUGUAACUAACUGUGAAAUAUUUUAAGCUGACAUGAAUUCAUAAAAGCAUUUGGUCGCCAUAUUAGUUUCGAUCGCUCUUCUAUUGCCACUGGGGUUUAUAGUACCGAUCAGACCCAACCUAACACCAGAGUAAUUUUCAGUAACACCGAAAUUUUCAGUGUCAUCUACGAGUGGUAUACCACUAUCACUCCUAAAAUAUUGUGAUAUGAUCAUCUCCGUUUAUAAACUCAAGGGUCUUACUGAAAAUACAUGUACGCAUAUAUUGAAUAUCUUAAUGUAUAUUAACUCUAAAAAAUUUAUAUAAUUUGUCAAAUUUGGU